GUCUCUCUCUCUCUCUCUCUCUCUCUCCGGAGUCUUUAUGCGCCCACAGAUUCUGCUAUUGCUGAAGAAGACGCUUAAUGGAAGAAAUUGGAACCAGUUUCUUACCAAUUCCUCCUUCCUCUGCUUCUCCUCCGCAUCUUGAUGAAGAUGAUCCUAAGGAUGUGCUGAACAGUAUUCACCCUCCAAGGCCAGAUUGGUAUAAGGAAUUAUUUGCAUUUGUCAUGGCUAAGGGCAGUAAAGCAUAUGAGGCACAGGUUGCGGGUUUUAAGUCUCAGAUCUUUACAAAUUUGAGGGGAAAGGAUAAGACAGUGUUGGAGCUUGGCAUUGGGACAGGUCCUAAUCUCAAAUAUUAUGCCAGUGAUAAUGGUGUUCGUGUUUUUGGCAUAGAUCCCAACAGAAAGAUGGAGAAGUAUGCACAGGCAGCUGCAGCAGCUGCUGGCCUACCUCCAGAAAAUUUUAAAUUCAUACACGCGGUUGGGGAGGUUUUGCCAUUAAGUGAUGCUUCCGUUGAUGCAGUUGUCGGAACGCUUGUACUGUGUUCUGUAAAAGACAUUAAUAUGACACUGAAAGGUAUGUAAGUUAGGGUGACUUUCACUUUCGUCUCAAGUUAGUCUACUUAAGAAAUUGAAGUUCAAGCAGAUACCUUAUAUUCACAGAGGAUCAAUCUCUGAGUGAAAUUCAGUGAACCAUAAUAGUGAACUACUUGCAUAUAUAAUAUGACACAAAAAUUUCAAGUAGUGAAUCAGUUUUCUGGUUUUUGAACUAUAUUGAGUUUGUCAUUAAAACUUCUCCCGUUUCAAGUUUAACCAGAAACUCUGAAGAAGAAUGCACACAUUGAAGAAAUUCAGUUUAUGGCUAAAACUUAUUGCAUGAUGGCCCAAAAACUAAAAGAACUGUAAUUGGUCAGAACACUUGUGAGUUUUGGUAAACUAGGCGUGAAAAGAACAGAAAUGAUUAGGUAGGAGAGAAAAGAAAAGAUAGGAUAGUGGUAGUCACUUUGCUUGUUUGGUUGAGAAGAGAUGACGAGAAGAUAAUGGAUUAUCCUCUCUUCUUGUAUGGGAAAGAUAAAGGAGAGGGAA